AACUCAUGCACAUUUUAAUCAUAUAAUAUAAACCUAAUGAACAUAUGUUUAAGUCACACUGCUUACGGCUUUACAUAAAGCGAAUUUAAUCCAGGACAGUUUUAUGGCUGUCGAGAAGGCAGGGCAGGUGUUUUCUGCCUGUCACUGUUGCAGUAAUAUCCUCUGGAAAAUUUACAGUCGCACUGUUGUUGUCUUAUCUCUCAGUUGAAUAUACUUACUCUAUAUUCGUUUGGUUGGAAGCGUGUUUCUUAAUAUUAUGUGUGGAUUUCGCGUUACUGACAAUGGGAGCCAUAAUUUCACGGUGGAAGACGAAACCUUCCACUGUGGAACUUCUAGAGACACUGGAUAAGGACAUAAAGGACCUUGAGGAGUUUCGUGCAAAGAACCAGCGUUUGCAGAAGUUGUGGGUGGGCCGACUUCUAAUCUACUCCUCUGCUCUGUACCUGAUCACAUGUCUGUGUGUGUAUUACUUGUACUUCCCUGAGCAGUGGAGCGCUCGGCUCAUCACUGCCUUGCCUCUUCUGGCCUUUCCCGCACUAGUGUUGCUAGUACGAAAACUGCUUAUCUUCCUUUUCUCCAAACGUACAGAGAGAAACAAUGAAAAAUUAGAUGAUUUAAAAGCACAGAAACGGAAAAUACUUGAGGAGGUGAUGGAAACGGAGACCUACAAAAAUGCUAAACUCAUAUUGGAGAGAUUCGAUCCAGAAUCUAAAAAGAAAGCAGAAGCAGAAGCCACUCCAGUCAGACCACAUAUGACCCCUAGACCAGGACAAGACCUUCGGCAGCGGCAUGUUGCAAUGGCUACUCCUGGUCCAGUACCCCGUCCCAUGUCCCCAGGAGGCACACCCCUUCACGGUGCCCCAGGAGGGCCUCCAGAGAAAGGACUAGCCGGGUCUGUAGCCAGCCCAACAGGAGCGAGCCAGGCAGAAACACCACAACAAAUGAUGAGAAGAAGCAUGAUUCCUUAUUCACCUGGACCUGGAUUAGGUAUGCGUCCUCCUGGUCCACCUCUUGCUCGACCCAUCCUUCCACGGGAGCGCAGCGCUGUGGACAGAGUCAUUGAGUAUUUGGUGGGAGAUGGACCUCAGAACAGAUAUGCAUUGAUUUGCCAGCAGUGUUUUUCCCACAAUGGUAUGGCUUUGAAAGAGGAAUUUGAGUACGUAGCGUUCCGAUGUGCUUAUUGCUACUUCAUGAACCCGGCAAGAAAGACACGCCCACAGGCACCCAGACUCCCAGAAUUCAGUUUUGAGCGCAGACUUCGCUCUGAAUCACCUGAAACACAGUCUUCUGCCGCCACAGAGACACCCGAGGACAGUGACGCCCCUGAAGACCGUAUUGUCUCGGCUCGCUCCGCUCGUGUUUCUCACUCUGGCACCCCUUGGAGUAAAGUUCAUAGUUUCAAGAAAUUUCCCUCAGAGGACAUAGAACGAACUACCACUGUGGAGCCUCAGGACCCUACCGCUGAAGAUCCACCUGCUGCACAUGCAUCAGAGGAAGAAGAGGCACAGUCUCAGCAGAGCCCGUCCCCCUCAGAGGAUGUCCAACAGGAAGAGGCUGGAGCUCAGGGGCAACAGCAGAAAGAGGAGGAAUCAAACUAAACUGUGUCUGAAUGCAGCUUAAACAUGUUUUUGAUCAAUGCCGUUCACUGCAGCUUUUGGUUUUUGGGCUGUUUGGUUUUGAAUUCACUCUGAAGCAUGUUCAUUAAGUACAUCUUAGUAAUUCUUGAGGAUGUUUAGAGUUUUUACUGCUAAUUUAUUUAUAUAUGCACCACAGUGUUUACAUAUAGGUGGCUAAAUAUCAUAUCACGUUACAGUUUGUAAUACUAAUGGCGUGGUGCGCCCCAUAGUGGUGAUGUCACCCAGUACAAUACCUGUGCAUGGUUUGUUCAUGAGGGGGAUAUCACUAACAAAUGGCAAUUGCUAAAGUCAGAAUAGUAUAAUUUUACAGUGUUAGCAUUCAGUUGCAUAGUAAAUAAGAAUAAAACAUGUAGCAGGAUACAUUUUGCAGAGUUUAGCUGGCUUUGUGUUUACAGAAUUAUUUGAAACUGCAAGCUGAACAAAAAUACACUCUGACAAAAGCAUAGUCCUUGUAGGGGAGCGGUGUUUUUUUUCUUUGCUGCCAAAUGCACUAUUUUGAUUCUUAAAUAUUUAUUCUUUUGUUUUGAAUUGUUUUAAUUUCUUGUGUUUUUCUGGCCAACAGUUUGUUUCCUUGUUUGUGUAUAAUAAUUCAACUGUCUUGUGCCUUUCUGGUUAGGAAUAUGUCUGGGACUUUCUGCACAGUUUACAAAAUUGCAAAAAUUUGUCAUAAUAAUUGGUUUUCAUACAUAGGACGUUUUCUGCAUUGAUGUUUACGCUUUACAACAAGUCAACUGGUGCCAGAAGUGACACUGUAAUUUAUUAAUGGAUUUAAAAUAUGAUAAUUUUGUAGUUCCUCUGCAUUUUGCAUUAGUUAUUUAAUUUCCGUGUUCAUUGUGAAUUGAUUCCUAUCUCUAUAAACAUCACAAAAUUCAUGUGCUUUGGAACUGGAAUUAUCCACUUGCUCUUUGUCAGUACUUGUAAGUUGUUGUUGUGCACAUGUCUGUUGCAUUUACAGACUGUAUUGUGUGCAUGGUAAAUCAAAUAAAAUGCUUUUUCUAAA